CUCUUUCUACCGUCAUUCUUCCUCGUUUUCCUACAUUCUUCAUUCUCAAUUCUGGGGUGUUGCCUAUUUUCUCUUUCUCCCACGGGCACCCCAGGACCCACAUUCUCUAAUCCGUGAAAAACCCAAAAAGAAAGUAAUUUUGUUAGAAAUUUGUGAAAAAAAAGAGUUUUUUAGUUGUAGGGAAAUUUUGUUUUGGGUUUCGAAGAUGUGGGUGGUGAUGGAUCUGAAGAAAUGGGUGUGGGCGGUUCUGGUGGUGCUUGCGGUGGCUGAAGUUGGCCGUGUUUUGGGGAACGUUGUGAGUUUUGAGGUGCAGCAUAAGUUUGCGGGUAGGGGGAGGAAUUUGAGUGCCAUGAUGUCUCAUGAUGUACGCCGACGAGGUAGACUUCUUUCCGCCAUCGAUCUCCAACUGGGUGGUAAUGGCCAUCCCUCCGACGCUGGGCUUUACUUCGCAAAAAUUGGGUUAGGGAAUCCACCAAAGGAUUAUUACGUGCAAGUUGAUACAGGAAGUGACCUUCUAUGGGUAAAUUGUGUUGAAUGUGUCAAGUGCCCAACCAAGAGUGAUCUUGGUAUUGAAUUGACAUUGUAUGAUCCAAAGGCUUCCUCAACUUCAAGUCCUGUUAACUGUGAUCAAGAUUUUUGCACUUCUACAUAUGAAGGCCAACUUCCUGGUUGCAAGCCUGGUCUGCAGUGCCAAUAUAGUGUUGUUUAUGGUGAUGGAAGCGCAACUGCAGGUUACUUUGUGAAAGACGACAUCCAAUUCAGUCGAGUGACUGGAAAUCUUCAAACCAAAUUAACAAAUGGGAGUGUUGUAUUCGGAUGCGGAGCUAAGCAAUCUGGGGAGCUAGGCUCGUCAUCAGAAGCAGUUGAUGGGAUACUUGGAUUUGGAGAAUCAAAUUCAUCUGUCAUUUCACAGCUAGCAGCAGCGGGGAAGGUCAAAAAAAUUUUUUCACAUUGCCUGGAUAAUGUAAAUGGAGGUGGAAUUUUUGCAAUUGGGGAAGUGGUGUCACCAAAAGUGAAUUCUACUCCCAUGGUUCCUAACCAGCAACAUUACAAUGUUGUUAUGAAGGGAGUUGAUGUUGGUGGUGAAGCUCUAGACCUUCCAACUGAUGUAUUUGAAACUGGAGAUCGUAAAGGAACUAUAAUUGAUAGUGGUACAACUCUGGCAUAUCUUCCAGAGGCAAUAUAUGUUCCAUUAAUGAAAAGGAUUCUUGGUGAGCGGCCUGAAAUAAAAUUACAUAUGGUUGAGGAACAGUUUGCUUGUUUUAAGUAUAAUGACAAUGUUGAUGAUGGAUUUCCAAUUGUAAGGUUUCACUUUGAAGGUUCUGUUUCGUUGACAGUUCAUCCUCAUGAUUAUCUCUUCCCAAUUGAUGGCAAUGCAUGGUGUUUUGGUUGGAUAAAUGGUGGACUGCAAACUAAGGACAGCAAAGAUGUGAUUCUUUUGGGAGAUUUGGUGCUAUCAAAUAAGCUAGUUGUGUAUGAUAUUGAAAAUCAGACCAUUGGAUGGACUGAAUACAACUGCUCUUCGAGCAUCAAGGUGAAGGAUGAAUCUGGAGCAGUGUAUUCCGUGGGUGCCCAUAAUCUUUCUUCAGCUUCCAAUUUGAAAGUUGGAGUUCUUCUAACAUUCUUGUCAAUACUAAUUGCUUUACUUCAUAGUUCUGUUCAUUGAAUUGUUGGAGUAAAUGAAGUAUAGCAUUUGUUGAUAGGUUUUCUUUUUUGAAAAUAUCCUCCCCAGUUAAAUGUCUGUAACGUUUGUCCCCCUGUAUUUUAGAAUCCACCUUACAACUUUAAUUUAUCAUUCUUUCAAAUUUAUUUGCAGUAAAUGCAAACAAAGUUCCGGUUCGAGUUUUGUUGCAUUCACGUUGUCACAAUUGUGCUUCUGGUAAUGAAAAUUAUUAUUAAUU